AGUUUCUCUCUCUACUGUAAUUCUUCUUCAAGCUCAAUCUCCCUCUUUCCCACUUCCAUUCCAAUAAUGUCCGACGAAGAAUGUAUCCACCACAAAUCAAAACAAAACAAGAAAAUCCGUCAAUACAUAAUCGCCAUUCUCAUCAUCACUUUCACAAUCCUCCUAAUCUUUCUCAUAACAUGGGCAAUCCUCCAACCCAAAAAACCCCAUUUCCUUCUCCAAGACGCCACCCUCUUCAAUUUCAACAUCUCCUCUCCAAAUCUCGUCUCCUCAAAUUUUCAAAUAACCCUCACUUCCCACAACCCUAACGAAAGAAUCGGCCUUUAUUACGACAAUCUCAACGCCUACGCCGUUUAUCAGAAUCAACAAAUCACCUUCUUCACCGCCGUUCCUCCCGUUUACCAGGGUCAUAAGGGCACUAACGUCUGGUCGCCGUUUCUGUACGGCGUUGAUGUUCCGAUUGCUCCGUACAACGGCGUUACACUAAGGCAGGAUCAGACUGAAGGAGUGACUAAACUUCUGAUUAAGAUUGACGGACGGGUCAGGUGGAAAGUCGGGGCUUUUACGACGGGUCGGUAUCAUAUACGGAUUCGAUGUCAGGCUAUUAUUAACUUUGGGAAUCGGGUAAGUGACGGCGUCUUUGUGUCGUCCGGUGCCGUGAAAUAUCAGCUUUAUAAGAGUUGCGGAGUUAGCGUAUAGACGGAGAGUGUUCACGCCGUUAAUAUUUUCAGGUUUUAAGUGUGUAUUAAUAUAACUCUGCCUUGCACGCCAAAUAAAAAUGAUAAUUUGUCAGUU